AUGUCAAGUGGCCCUGGCGUAGCGGUGCAAGCACUCAAGCGUCUGCUUCGUGCCACGGGCGUGGAUCCUGGGAACGCCUUUUUUUCCCGUCGCCUCACCACCAGCACUACCACUUCUUCUUCAACCUCAUCUCCGCUCAAUAGGGGGCUCGGUGACGCUGGGGCGUGGUGCAAUUACUCGGUCAGCGCACGUGACACUUUAGCGACAUGUGAACUCGAGACUGAGGACUACUUUGGGCCGCACUCCCCCGCGCUGAUCUGCGUGAGGGUUCGUGCAGCCACACCAGGGUGCUCAUUCCCCACCUCGUGUGUUAUGAGUCUCUCCACGAGCUCGCAGCGCAUGGACGAGCUUGCCGUUCAAGAUGUUAUCGUGAAGGAGUGGAUCAUGAACCCUGCGAGCUGUCUAGAUCCGGAGUGGAUGGAGACAACCCUUUCCGUCAAGACGGUGUAUCACAUUGCCUGUCUUCUUGGAAAGGAGCCUGCAUGCGGAACACGCAUCUUCUUAACACUUCGGUUUGUUGGGUGCUGUGACACAUCGAACACACAUCGUAUUGCCGCCGUCGAGCUGCUCUACACAUCACUGCGGCAGCUCAUUCCUCCUGCUCCAGUGGUGGCCCCGAAGCAACUGCAAGUUGCCGCUGACAACAACAACGCUGAUGCGGAGCCAGUUGAAGUAGAACUGACACUAAGCCCUACGCCUCUUCGUUCUACUGCGGAGGACUGCGGCUAUGAGGUUGCAUGCGUGCGUGCGUCGGGAUCGCUCCCUGAGGCGCAAUAUCCCGUGGAGAAAACUAUCAUAGUCGACAAUGAGAUGUCGCCAGGUGAUGGACCCGACCCAGCGGUCUUGCGGCCAACAUUCGUUCAGGCCCAGUGUUGUUCGUCCUGCAGCGGUGCCAGCAGCCCGAUGGACGAUGACAUUGAACCACGCGACGACAGCGAAGACUGCGUUCUGGCGGCGUACGGCAUUCAUACUACAACACCCUCACCGCCUCGACGGUCGGUCACACAGCCGCGCCGCACUCUCUACGCAGACGCUGAGGAUGAGGUCGCUUCGGACGAUGUCAUUGAGCUGCCAACUUCCCCAUGCAAGACGCUUUCCAGAUCCCCAUCUCUGAAUCGGAUGCACUCAACAUCAGGUCUUUGGCGGGACGACGAUAAUUGCGCUCCCCUUUCACCUGCACCUAUUGUAGUGCACAAUCGUCAGCGUUGGGAAUGGGAAAGGGCCCCGCGGCGGGAAGCACCUACGCUGCCACGGUCUUCCAGGGGGGAAAAUGUGGUUUCUGUUAGUUCUACGCGGGAAAGUAGUUGCCAUGUACAGACCAUGGACGACGCGGGGUGUGCAUCGGCUCCUGUACACGAAUCAGCAUCUUUGUUACGUCCGGCGCCGUUUGUGGUGCCAGACCGGCGGGAUUUUGUCUCCGUGACCCUCCUGCAACACCGUCAUCAUCAUCAACAGCAGAGUCAGCAGGAGACAUGUAUGCGGUGGGGAGAGCAGAGAAUCCAUCCCACUUGUACACCUGUUAUUGCUACUGGAAAGGCCACAGUAGUGGAAAACAGACGACGCAUUAAAAACCUGUGCGAUGUGCCAGUCUACGAGGAAAAGCACGACCUCCUGAAGACUGUAACAGAGCUUCUUGGUGUCGAGCGUGAAAGCUUAUGCAGAAGGUCUUUAUCCUGCCCCUCUUUAAGUGCGGCGAGAGGUCUUUCUUCGACGCGGGCAAGCAUCAACUCGCGGCGGCAAAGCCCGUCACCAAUGUCUACCAGAGAGGCUGACGAACACCCAUUGCAAAGGCUUGUGGGCUGCGAAGUGAAAGAGCCAACUUCCACAGUAGUUGAAUCCACUGUUGCACCCAAUGCAGAAAAAACACCGCAGCUCCAAGACACGUUACAGGGCCCUGCUGAUCCACCCGUGAAACCAGCUGCUUCGUUGAACAGGAUGUGGCGUGUGCCACGUCAGAAGUCCGUAUUGGCACAUGAGCUGAAGACAACCAAAGUAACCCCAGAGGAAAACUCCAGUGUGUCAGAUGAGCCUCCAGCGGUAGAGACGACAUGCUUUCCUAAAUCUGUGAAGGAACACCGCGCGAAGCGUCGGCCUUUGACGGAUCGCACUUCAGAGAUUAAUCUUUACUGUUGCUCGAAAGAUGCAAGGAACUCAGGACCAAGACUGCCACCCCAAGGGGGACAGCUUGCACUCGAGAGGGGUGUAUUACUUCCAUGUGACACAAGUAUUCCCUCAUCGGAGGACUCGGAUGGACCAGCUCUCGUUGUGCAAGUUGAGCAACCAGUGCCGCCUCAAACAUCGAUGUGGUGGGGCGAAAGCGUAAGUGUUUACCCUACCCCUGGCCCGUCAGAGUCAGCUGUCAGAAGCCCAUUCAUUGGCACCUUUCUUGUGUGGAAGCACCAUGUCUCCCGAAGCGGAACGGCAAAGCGGAUACUUUCCCUACAACGUGACGGCGAUUCCGCAGUGGUCUCCCUCAAGAAAUUGGACCGCAACAAGACACCUUCGCUGGUGACGCUUCGGGAAAAGGUGGAGGUCAUCACGGGCCUGCGGGCGUACUACAGUAAUGCCAUCCACAGGGAUAACGUCCACGUGGCGGAGUGCUGCUUGGUAGUUACUUCCGAAGGAAAACAGGUAACCGCUGUUGAGAUGCAGUCUGUGAGUGAGCUGCACCUUGCUGUGCAGAUUCUGCUUCCAAUCUGUGAGGUGAAUUCCACGUGA